CCACAGAGUCUCGUGUACGGCAUAACUUAGAGGUUAUUUAGAGAAAAUUCCUACAAAAAGAAAGUGUAUAAUCUCGAAUGUCAUCUGAUGUCAUUGCUCCGAAAAAGAAACUCUUUCUCGUUAUAGGUUAUCCACGAUUACCUACUGGUUAUCUAACGGUGACACGUUUCAUCCACGUGGUUGGACCGAUAGAAGACCAAUAGAUUUGAAUUGAUCUAGCUUUUUAGUGGCCGUUUUUGUGAAAGUAUCGUGCACGUUCAAGACAUCAGUCGAAACGCAAAACUUGGCACAGAAUCGUUAGUGAGACUCGCCCCAGAAGACAUGUAGGCUACGAACGAGGUUAGCUGUACCCCUUUCCAAAGCUCAUGUCCUGCAGUCGCUGGAUUCGAUGCCGCGGGACGUCAUUCUUGUGUCGCGCGAUUUUAUGAGGACCUCUAAAGGCUCUAAACGUUAUUUUGUACACCUUAGCAAUAGGAACCGUCAACCAAAUGGCGACGAUGUUCACAUCGAGGAGACUGCUCAAGGUCGCCACUAUUGGAACAAUCGGGCUCGGUACCCUGGCAUCCCUCAGAGUGAACGAGUAUGAUAUCGGUGCCAUCGGCAUCGUGCGGCUGAGCCGUGCCGCGCUUGCGGUGCUCGAUAUAGGCCGUCACUACAAAAAGGAGUUGUACGGCAGCAACCUGGACAAAACGUCGCCGGAGUAUAAACAGCUGAAGUCAAGCGUGCACAAGUACGGUGCGCAGCGGCUGCUGGAGCUCUGCUGCGCCAACAAGGGGGUGUACAUCAAGGUUGGCCAGCACGUGGGCGCGAUGGACUAUCUGCUGCCGCAGGAGUACGUGCACACCAUGCGAGUGCUGCACAACGCGGCGCCGCAGUCCUCGUUCAGCGACGUGCUCACUGUGAUCAAGGAGGACUUCAAGCGGGAUCCGUACGAGAUAUUUCAAAGCAUCGACCCGGAGCCCCUGGGUGCCGCCAGUCUCGCGCAGGUGCACAGGGCCGUGCUGAAGAACGGCGACGUGGUGGCCGUGAAGGUGCAGCAUCGCGCCGUCAAGAGCAACUCCUACGUCGACAUCAAGACCAUGUCGGCUCUGGUGAGCAUCACGUCCCUGGUAUUUCCAGACUUCAAGUUCAACUGGCUAGUCAAGGAAACGAAGAGAAACAUCCCGCAGGAGCUGGACUUCGUGCGCGAGGGCGAGAACGCCGAGAAGGUGCAGCGACUCUUUAGCGGCUAUCGCUGGUUGAAAGUGCCUAAGAUCUACUGGGACGUAUCGUCGUCCCGCGUGCUCACGAUGGAGUUUGUGAACGGCGGGCAAGUGAACGACCUGGAGUACAUGCGCGCCCACCAGCUGAACCCGUACGAGGUCACGAGCAAGCUCGGUCGCCUGUAUAGUCACAUGAUCUUCAUCGAGGGUUUCGUCCACUCGGAUCCGCAUCCCGGUAACAUAUUGGUGCGCAAUCGUGACUCCCAGGCGGAGAUCGUGCUCCUGGAUCACGGCCUCUACGCCGACCUGUCCGACGAGUUUCGCUGGAACUACUCGAAGCUGUGGCUGGCGAUUCUCGACGGCGAUCGUGUAUCCAUGAAGGAAUACUGCACGCGUCUCGGCGUCGCCGACCACUACGGCCUACUUUCGUGCAUGGUGUCGGGCCGUACGUGGGACACGAUCAUGUCCGGCGUGCGCAAGACUCGGUACGAUACCCGCGAGAAGGAGAUGUUCCAGCAGAACAUCCCGAAUCUGCUGCCGCAGAUCAGCGUCGUACUGGACCGCGUUAACCGGCAGAUGCUGCUGAUCCUCAAGACCAACGAUCUGAUACGCAGCAUCGAGUACUCGCUGCGCACACAGUCCAGGAUGUCGGCCAUGAUAGAAAUGUCCAGGUGCUGCGUGCGCUCCGCGUACGGCGAGAGGCUCAAGCAGUGCUCGAGCGCGUGGGACAAAUGCCGGGUGCUGUUCGAGGAGCGCUGGGCGCUCCUCAAACUGUCGCUCUACUACGUGUACCUGGGUCUGAUAAACUUCGACUUGAACCGCUCGGUCGAGUCUCUAUGGACGAAGGACUUUUAUCCAUUUUAAUGAAGGCUUCUUUUUAAAUUAAAUGUGGUUUUUUGUUAUUUUUGUGUGAAUUGUCGGGCUCCUUGGAAUCUUUUUUUUCUUUUUUUAACGA